GUCAUCUUGUAGCGCCGCUAGGUUAAAGUAAUAGAGCACAUAAAAAUCUUCGUUACAUAUAAAAACCAAAUCUUGUCACCAAUCGCCUCAGUCUGCAAUCACAUAUUCUGUUAAACUGCAGACUUGGAUUGAACUUUUUUUUUAUUUUACGGCAAAUUUAUGAGAGAAAAAAUAAUUUAGUACUCUCUGGGGAAUCUAUUAUGUCCCCCAGAUUAUUGAUUCCUGCUGUCAGUGUUUGGAUCUUGAUUCUUGCGUUAACUGCUGGGAAUCUAGCAGACACAUCCUUGAAAGAACAGGUCUAUUCAGAUCAAUACGAAGACAACUAUGAUAUCGACGAAGACAGAAUAUUAGACAGUUCAAAUUCGAAUGAACUAUCAGAGGAGAAUUUGAAAGAAUAUGAUGAGACACUAAAUCAAGGAGAAAAUGUCAAAAAUGAGGAUGGGUUAGAAAAAUAUUAUACAUCACGAAAGCCAGCUGAGUCAGACAUUUUGAAUGACCAUGUUCUAGAAGACGAAUAUGGAGAUGAUCCGGCUGAAGAAUCUGCUAAGGACAAAAAUGCGCUACGAGAUGCACACCCAUCUGCACGAGAUCUGUCUGAUGAGAAGUAUGCAACCAAUAGAUUCUUUUUAUUGCCAAUAAUGGCAACAAUGGCGCAUAUGAAAGUAAAAUGGCUUAAUUCACUCUUUUGUGGUAGAUCAUGUUCACGAUCUCCACCACCACCUCCACCACCUCCACCACCACCUCCACCACCUCCACCACCACCUCCACCACCACCUCCACCACCACCUCCACCACCACCUCCACCUCCUCCUCCAGCACCUCCAAACCCAAAUAAAUCAUUGCCACCACAACCACCUACACAAACUAAAGGACCUACAUCACCUUCACAACCUGUACCAACUUCAACUCCAAAACCUCUACCAACAUCGCCACCACCACCACCAGUAACCACCAUUGCACCUCUUCCUCCACCCAGUGAUCGAACUGUGAUAAUCAUUAUACAAAUUCUCACCAAAAUAUGUCAAAUUCGUGAUUAUAUCAUCUUCAUUCUAGGUUGCUUUCUUCAAAAUUCAAUAAAGUACCUAACUGAAUCACAAUACACAUCAUUUUACAUGAUACUCACAGAACUGCGCAACAGGCCCGCUAUAAUGCAAUUUAUUUUACCACAUUUAACGAGAAUACCAAUGUCCGGCUUACAAAAUCAAGUACUUACCAUAAUGCAGAUUCUAAGGCAAGUUUUGCCUCCGCACAUUAGUUGUGCUGCAAGCUUUUGGGUUUAUCAGCUCCAACAGAAGAAGGUUAGGAUGGAUAUUCAUGCUAAGACAUGUUUCGUAGACUUGAGAAUUAUUCACGAAGUUCAUAUAAAUACCAUAGGACAAUCAUUAAUUCCCCCGUAUGAUGUUCCAAGAACUACUGUGAUAGCCUUGGGUCCAAUAUUAGUGAACAUUUUAUUAGAGAUACAGAGGCAGAGAAUUGCCUUUUCACAGGAAAUGUUCGGCAUCAUAUUAUCUUACUUCCCAGUGAUUCCUUAUGACCCUAUUCUAGAGCAAAAUAUAAUAUUCAUUCUGGAAAUUACAAGAAGGAAACAAAUAGCAGCGUGGCAGGAAAUCCAAUUUCAAAUAAUGACUGGAGAUCCUUACUUAUUCAUCAAAACUAUUAUUGUCAACAUUUUGAACACUCAGAACGUAGCCAGACCGAUAAAGGAAGCUCUGAUUUACAUAAUGAUCCAUUUGAGACCAGUGCCUGUCACUCAUGUGAAUUUUGGAAAUCAGAUCGUUAUUCAGAUCUACAGACAGAAACUUAAUAUUGAAUUAUUACUUUCAUUCAUCGUGCCUCAUCUUUAUAGUCAGGAAAUUAUUUGUCUAAAAAAUAGAUUCUUACUUUUUGUUAAGGAACAUCGUAUCCCUCAAUCAUGGAUGCUUACUGAGAGUGAAAUUUUUCGACACAUAAGUCCAAAUGACUUACUUCUCGCUUUUCUCUACAAGCUUCAAAAGAAGAUUCCAAAAAAAUCUGGUGAUAUCGCAAGAACAGUCACUGCUCUUUUGUCGCUCUUGAUAAUGCACAAACAAAUCACGCAUUAUGAUCCAGGUUCACGAAAAAUCGAGUUCCUAACAAUGCUUGGAUACUUUGACAGUCCUGAUUUCGGUCAUAGUGUAAAUGAAAUCUAUGACAAGGCUGUUUCUAUCUAUGUGUCUAAACCAAACCUACAAAACAAAAUAUCGCAGGUAAUCCCAACAAACUGCCCACGGGCUGUUCAGUGUUUAAUCAAAACACUUUCAAUGCUAAGUCAAGGAAACUUUGCUCUUCCUGGCGAGAUGCAGUAUGUUAUCAAACAAUUGAAUGUAAUCAUUUCAAAAAAGCAUAUCAGUUCCAAUUGUACAGUUAUUUCUAUAGAAAGGAACAUAACUCUUUUUCCCCCACCUCCACCACCACCUCCAACUCCACCACCAAUACCAAAACCACCACCACCACUACUACCGCCACUACCACCAGCACUAGCACCACCUCAAGCACCUGACAUAAACAAAACGAUGGUAGGAAGUGACUUAUGGGUAACACGAGUAAUAUUACUGCCACCAUGUCUAAACGCAGUGCAAGAGAUUAGAAUUUACAUCACUAAGUAUGGCUGUCCAGUUAUAGGACCCACUGUUACUCAAGUGAAUCCAGUAAAACCUACAUUAAUUAUACCUUCUGUGACUGUCUGCUUGAAACCUCCUGAUAUCUAUGAUCCUUUCGGCACCAUGCCUCCAGAUUUCAAGACAAAUAUUCUCAUUAAAAUCACUAAAAUAAUAGGCUCUACUGACCUAAGACUGAUUUUAGGAAACAGUGUUCAAGAGAUAAUUCGCACUGGCCAAUGUCCUACUCUUGGGGCCCUGGUUGUCACUUUAUUAUUUCGAGCAAAAUCAAGUAUUUCGAUACAAGCUCAUUAUCAACUUCUGAUUGAUAUCAAGAACUUCUUAUCCAGCAUGAAUCUAGUUGCUGUUAUUACACUUCCAACAGUUUUACAGGUUGCGAAGAUAUACCCCACAAAUGGCGUAAUUUAUUCUAUAAUCAACAUAGCUCAGCCACAUAGAAGUUUCAUUUCUGUAACUUCACCAUUCAAUGUUCCCAGGGGGAUGUUGGUCUUUGUGAUCAUUGAUCCAAAUAAGCUAAGAGAACCUAUAAAUCUUCAGAAUCCCUAUGAAGGUCUUUUCCCUACUGUGGGAAGAGACACUCCUGGUGGCCAGUAUGUUCUUCAGUUAAAGGUACUCUUCACCGUGAGUAAAAUCUCACAACUAAUUCCGGAUUUCAAACCAGAAGAUUAUGCGAGUAGAGGAAUGCUAUUGAUGGCACUUUUGCAGAAGCUUGCAAGUCUAUCUACAAUUGCCGCACAACCAGCAUUACAGAAAAUUCUUUUAGGCUACGUUUGGGCGAUUUCGAUACCAGCAUUCUACACGAAGAUUUCUUACAAUGAAGUUAUCAAAACUUUAGGAAAGCAACCUCAAGUAAAACCUGAUACUGGAAUUUUGGUUAAAUUGUUACCACCUCCUAGAAACGAGAAGGAAAUAGAACUGUGGUUUAGAAUGCGGAUACUACUGAAACGAGAGGAUCUUCUUGAUAUUUUGUCUAUCCCAAUUCCUAGCCCUAAUACAAGUCAAAAUGAUCUUCUGAAAAUGAUUAUAAUUGCAGUUUUAACUUCACCACAUAAAUUUGAUGAAACAGUACUGAUAGCUUGUCAAUUUUACAAUUCGAAAGUCUUUGAUAUACAAAAAGGUUCACUGCGCAUUAACUGGGAGAUCAAGAGGGUUGUUGUGACCAAACUGAAAGUACAAGUGGGUCAAUUGAUAGCUAAUGUGAUAGAUUUUGAUAAAUUGACCAAUGAAAAUAAGAACAAUUACAAUAGUCUACUAAAUUACUUAUCAACAAAUUCGAAAUUAUUUACGCUUAUGCAUGAUUUCCCAUUUAAGGAGUAUAAAACUGAAGGUAGUUUUAUUCAAGGUUUGUUUAAAUUCCUCCUAGAUCAGUCAAUAAUAUCUGAAGAUGCUAAAAAUAAGAUCAAUUCUCUAUUACCACAUGUGAUGUUAACUGGGCCCGGAGCCAAGAAAUUGGAAACGGAAACUCCUAAAUUGAGUCCUUUUAACAGUAGGCGAAGUGCAAGUCAAUUGGAAAUUGAUGUAUAAUGAUUUCUUAUAUUUUUUUAAGCAUCUUCAUAGAUUUAUUUGCGUAGAUCUUUGAAAGAGAAAAAUAAAAUUUGUAAUACUUAGUUUAGAAAGGUAUUUUUUUAAAAUUAUGUACACCUAUUUAUUUAUAACAUGGAUUCUUGUUGUAAUUUUAAAGA